CCAUUGCAGCCUGCCUACCGAGAGACGCAGCAUUCCACCCUCGGUUCCUUCACUGUUCUUGUCUGGCUUAUCUUUGGAGAGAUAGAGGAACGGUGCUCUUCAUUCAUACACCAUGGCUACCAAUUAUGAGCCGGCGGACCCAAUCGCCAAGGGUAUCAUCCCGACAGCGAAACAGUCAUUGUCAGACCUCUUCAAGUGGAAACAGAGAGUUGUCGUUACAAAUGAGAUGGGUGAGCAGCAUACAGAAUGGCAGCAGCCAGAGCCUUUAAGGAACCCAAUCUCCCUCUUAGCCCUGCUAAGUGCGAAAGACUGGAUCUACUUUUUCGUUGGCUGGUUUGCAUGGACUGCUGAUGCCUUCGAUUUCCACGCCCUCUCCAUCCAGACAGUCAAGCUCUCCAAGUACUACGACACAUCCAAGACAGCGAUCAGCACCGCCAUUACGUUGACACUACUCCUUCGGUCGGUUGGUGCCGUCGUCUUUGGUCUUCUUGGUGAUCGCUAUGGUCGAAAGUGGCCCAUGGUCGCCAACUUGAUCAUCCUUGGUGCACUUCAGGUCGGAACCAUCUACGCCGCUACCUUUCAAGAGUUCCUGGCUGUCCGGUCUCUAUUCGGCCUAUUCAUGGGUGGUGUGUAUGGUAAUGCAGUGGCGAUGGCCCUCGAGAACUGCCCAACGGAAGCUCGUGGUUUCAUGAGUGGUGUGCUACAGCAAGGUUACUCUUUCGGUUACGUGUUGGCCGCCAUUGUCAACCUAGCUGUUGGCGGCGAGACUGAUACUUGGAAGACCGUCUUCUGGGCCGGCGCGGGAUUGUCUUUCAGUGCAGGCCUCCUCCGGUGCUGCUUCCCCGAAUCCGAACAGUUCAGAGAAGCCAAGGCUGCAGGCAAGCGAAUCACUGCGUCUGACUUCUGGGCGGAGACCAAGGACAUGUUGGCUCAUGAAUGGCGCCUCUCUAUAUACUGCAUCAUCCUCAUGAGCUGGUUCAACUAUUAUUCGCACACAAGCCAAGACAGCUACACAACGUUCUGUCUUACAGAGAAGGAGUUGCCCAACGCUGGAGCUACCCGAGCGAGUAUUCUAAUGAAGACUGGUGCGGUUGUUGGCGGUACUAUUAUGGGAUAUAUCUCUCAAUGGUUAGGCCGUCGAAGGACUAUCAUCAUGGCUGCUCUUCUGAGCGGUGCUAUCAUUCCAGCCUGGAUUAUCCCUGAAGGAGAGCGUGCUCUUUCAGUCACUGGCUUCUUCAUGCAGUUCUUCGUUCAGGGCGCGUGGGGUGUUAUUCCAAUUCAUCUCAGCGAGCUGGCGCCGCCGGCUUACCGAUCUACCUUCCCUGGCCUCACUUACCAGCUUGGGAAUGCUAUCAGCUCUCCCAGCGCACAGAUUGUCAACGCUCUCUCCGAAUCGCAUUUUAUUCGCAACAAGUCGGGCCAUCUAGUCGAAGCCUACGGUCCAGUUAUGGCCAUUGCCACAGCCAUCAUCGUUCUUGGUAUCGUUGUGACUACUGCCGUGGGUCCUGAAAGGAAGGGACGUAGCUUCGAGGGUGGCCCUAUAGGUGCCAACCUCCACCACGACUCAGAAAAGGCUAUCGACGUUGCUUCCAUAGACGAGAAGAGCCUCCCCGUGGAGCAGAAUGAGCACAAGUCUUGAAAAUUUAACAGUGAGGUACGAGGUUUACGGUAAACAAGGAUACCCAAAGGGCAAAGGUUAGGCGGAUCAAGGCUCUGAUCUGGAUGCUUAUGUUGAUGAAUUAUAUACCAUUCCGUUAACGAGACGUGUCAAUAACGAUUCAAAAAUUUAUGAAAUCAAUGAGGACUCUUGACUUCCGAAAGAUGAGAUGAUGACAUCUAACCGAAAUGUUAACACUCCCCAAAUCACCGCCGCCAUCUAGUCUGCCUGCUGUAGUGCCACUGAGUAAUCGCGUAUGAGAAUGCUAAUAUGAAACUAGAA